GUAUGUAGUUGUAUCGUUUCAUUUCUAAGUUUCCCUAUUGGCCACCUCAUCUAAGAGUCUAAAUAAAAAUUUUCCAGGCAUGCUCUUAAGAUUAUUUCUAGUACUUUCUGCAUUUCACUUAAUAAAUGGAGUAAUGUUCAACAUUAAGCCGAACUCCCAAAAAUGUCUAAAAGAAGACAUUCAGCCAAACCAAUUGGUAAAAGGCGAAUAUGAAGUGUCUAAUAUACCCGGCCAGAUAGUUGACUACAUCGCUCGAGAUACCAAGGGACACAUUUUGUCGAAGGGAGAUCACAUAACAAAGGGGAAAUUCACAUUUAUGUCGGAAGUUUAUGAUACAUACGAGAUUUGUUUUAUUUCGAAAGUACCACCGCAUCAAAGAGGUAUUGAACAGGAAGUCAACUUUAAUACUAAAAAGGGUGUGGAAACGAGGAACUACGAAGGAAUUCAAGAAGCAGCAAAACUUAAACCCAUGGAAGUGGAGCUUAAACGUCUGGAAGACUUAUCCGAUUCCAUUGUACGAGAUUUUGCUUUAAUGCGGAAAAGAGAGGAAGAAAUGAGGGACACAAACGAAAAAACCAAUAGUCGUGUUCUCUUUUUUAGCAUCUUUAGUAUGUGCUGCUUACUUGGUCUAGCUACAUGGCAGGUUUUAUAUUUACGCAGAUAUUUUAAAGCUAAAAAACUUAUUGAAUAACUAAAAUUGAGAUUUUUUUUCUAUAUGGUUUUACUUAGAUGAAAUGUAACUUUCUUUCACAGAUAUCUGAAUAAUUUCUAAGUAAUAAAUCAAAUCUAUACUGGUA